UACUCGACUCGUGAAUUUUGGUGUCAUUCUCUUGCCACCGAUCAGUAAGACAACUUCUCCUACAGACGAUGACAUCAGGAAUGGCCCGCUUGGUGGUGGUGGUUCUGGUGGCAGUGGCAGCGGUGGUGGUGGCAGAAGCAGACUACCCCGCUCCUUGUUACCCUGAGACUCUCUACGUCACUCAAUACCAGACCCAAGUUCAACAGGUUCCUGUUUACGAGACGGUGUACAAACAACAGUACAUCCCUACAACAUUAUACCACACCCACCACCACACCCAGCAUCUGACACGCCACCACACCCAAUAUGUACCGCAGUAUGUGACCAAAACCGUGUACAAAACCCACGCUCAGUAUGUCACCAAAUACAAGACCAUCUACCACACCGAUUACCAGACCCAGUACGCUACCAAAAUCCAAUACGUGCCUACCUACAUCACCAAAACCCAGUACCAAACCCAAUACAGGACCCAAGUGCAAUACCAACCCGUGUACGAGACCAUAUACAAACCCAAGUACAUCACCACGACCUACGUUCAGUACCACACCCAGUACCAGACCCAGCUCGUUCCCGUGUACCAUACCGUUACCAAGGCCCACAAGACGUAUAAGACAGUGUGUCCCAAGCCAGCCUAUGGUUAAAUGAAUACCUCCCGGAGAGUCAACUACCCGCAACACGUAUCUCGACAACCUCUAGAUUCACAAAGAUUCGUAUGUUAAAGUUCUUCUUCCCUUCCCUACCCUCUUACUUCCCUUCCCU